AUGGAAGAAGAACUAAAGAAAGAUUUAUCAGCUCCUCAGGAAGAAGGAAUAUUUCAGUGUGAAAUAUGUGGAUUAAACUGUAAUAAUAGAAGAGCUUUUCAUAGUCAUUUAACUUGUCAUUCAAUCUUGAAACCACAUAUUUGUGAAACUUGUGGUAAAGCGUUCAAAAGAAGAAGUGAUUUAAAAAUCCAUACACGCAUUCAUAUAAAAGAAAAGCCUUACGCAUGUGAAGUCUGUAAUAACGCAUUCAACAGAAGAAGUACAUUAACGCGACACUACCGUAUCCAUACAAAAGAGAAACCUUAUGCCUGUGAUAUAUGUAAUAAAGCUUUCGCUGGUACGCCUAUUUUAAAGGAACAUUUACGCAUCCAUACAAAAGAGAAACCUUAUGUCUUUGAAGUCUGUAAUAAGCCUUUUUCUCAAUUAUCUAAUUUAAGAACGCAUUUUCGCAUUCAUACAAAAGAAAAACCUUACGUUUGUGAAUUCUGUGGCAAAAUUUUUUCGCUAAGAUCGAAUUUAAAAAUACAUUUACGCAUUCAUACAAAAGAAAAACCUUAUGUUUGUGAAGUUUGUAGUAAAGCAUUUACCGUUAGAAGCACAUUAGCCAAACAUUUACGUAUUCAUUCAAAGGAAAAACCUUUUGUUUGUGAAGUCUGUGGAAAUAAAUUUUCUCAAAUCAGUAAUUUGAGAAGACAUUUACGCACGCAUACAAAAGAAAAACCUUAUGUCUGUGAAGUCUGUGGAAAUAAAUUCUCCCAAAGAAGUCAUUUAAAAACUCACUUACGUACACAUACAAAAGAAAAGCCGUACGUCUGUGAAUUAUGUGGCAAAACACUCUGCAGUAGAGCCAGUUUAAUAAAACAUUUACGUACCCAUCCACAAGAAGAGAUUUAA